AUGAUAGAACCACGGGCUGCCGCCGGGGUACCACCCAACCCUCAUGGGCAGCAACUUGCAAAUGUCAGUAUCAUCAUGUGCGCUCUUGCCGGUGUGACCGUCAUCGCAAGGCUUUGCGUUCGGAUUUUCAUGCAACGGAAUACUGGCUGGGAUGACUACACCCUUAUCGCAUCUUUGGCCUUGGCCAUUGGGAUGACGAUCUGCUUCAAUUAUGAGGUAUAUUACGGCAUGGGUCUGCAUACUCAUGAACUUGAUGCGGCCAACAAGGUCAAAGCAUUCUUGUGGCUGUGGGUCGCUCAACUACUAUAUAAAUUUGCCAAUGGCAUGACCAAAAUUUCUCUUGUCUUGUUAUACCUGAGAAUCUUCCCGAGCCGAAUAUUCAAGAUGAUUUCCUGGGGCGUCAUCGCAUUUGUGAUUUGUUACUGUACUGCUGCAGUAUGCACAAGUAUCUGGCAGUGCGAUCCCAUCGAGAAAGCCUGGAGGAAAACUCUUCCAGGUCACUGUAUCAAGAUCGGUAUCCUGUGGUACGUGAACUCAGUGUUCACCCUCCUAGCCGAUCUGAUGCUCAUCAUCCUCCCAAUGAAUCAAAUUGUGCGCCUGAAAUUACCACUUUCUCAGAAGAUCGGAUUAGCCUUCGUAUUCAGUCUAGGAAUAUUCGUCAUGGCUUGCACCAUUAUUAGAUGUGUGGCUUUGGGCCCAACAGUCUCUCAAAAUGACUCAGUCUAUUACCAAGCCAAGUCUAACAGCUGGACAUUUCUCGAAGUCGACGUCUCCAUAAUUUGCGCGGCUCUGCCCAUCCUCAAAGCCCCCUUGAGCAAACUGUUCCCACGUCUCUGGGGCAACAGAACAACAGCUGCAGAAACUGGUGCUUCUGGUUCCGGCAGAGUCAGCCAUGGAGGUCACAACAUCGGGAUGAAGAGCUACGGCGACUCUCAGAUUCGAUCCGGCCACCGACAUUCGCGAAAUCUCACCAACAACAACGAUCCUGAAAGUGACGAGGAGGGCAUGUUGGACUCAAAAGGCAUUCGUAAGACAACAAAUAUAACUUUCGACUAUGAAGAGGGGGAAUCAAUGAAGGGUUCGGAGAAAAGAGGCGUUGGUGCGUUCGACUUCGAACUCAACCAAGACAUUUCGCGAAGCCGCUGA